AUGGCCGCCUCCAAGACCCCCCAGAUCACCGUUCUCGGCUCCCUCAAUAUCGACCUGACCUCCUAUGUCCCCCACCACCCCUUGCCGGGCGAGACCCUCACGUCCAACUCUGUUGUCAUCUCGCCGGGAGGAAAGGGCGCGAACCAGGCCGUCGCCUGCGCCAAGCUCUCCCGUUCCCGCGAAUACCCCAACGAUGCCGCCUCCGAAUCCGCCUCCGUCUCCAUGAUCGGCGCCGUCGGCAGCGACUCGUACGGCGAUCUCCUCCUCAAGAACCUCGGCGAGCACGGCGUCCGCACCGACCGCAUCGCCGUCGGCAGCGACCUCAAGACCGGCAUGGCCAUCAUCGUCGUCGACGAGCCUACCGGCCAGAACCGCAUCAUCCUCGCCCCCGAGGCAAACCACGCCGUCACCCCCGACAAGUUCGGCUCCCUCCCCCAGACCCUCGACCCGAAGCCCGACCUGCUGGUGAUGCAGCUCGAGGUGCCCCUUGAGACUGUCCUCGCCGCCCUCCGCUCCGCAAAAGCCGCCUCCGUCCCCGUCCUCCUCAACCCCGCCCCGGCACAGCGUCUCCCCGACGAGGCCUACGACGGGCUCGCCCAUCUCGUCGUCAACGAGACCGAGGCCGCCAUCCUCUCCGGCUGCGACGAGUCCGAGCUCGACACCCCCGAGGGCCUCGAGCGCGUCGGCAAGUGGUUCAUGGCAAAAAAGGUCAGCAACGUCAUCAUCACCCUUGGCGGCCGUGGCGUCUACUACGCCAACAAGGAGGGUGCCGCCGAGCUCAUUGCCGCCCAAAAAGUCAAGGUCGUCGAUACCACCGCCGCUGGCGACACCUUUGUCGGCUCCUACUGCGUCGCCGCCGUCACCGCCCAGGCCAAGGGCGAAGAUUUUGACAUUUCCUCGGCCAUCAAGAGCGCCAACAACGCGGCGGCCAAGACCGUCGAGCGCAAGGGCGCGCAGACCUCUAUUCCGUGGAGGGAUGAGCUGCAGUAA